CUGCGUCGCGCUCCCUUGCAGUCCCCUCCAUGUUCCCCAGCGCCACUACUCCCCUUCCUAAGGCCACCGCUUACCCCAGGGUCUAUGAAAGUAAUGGAAGGACCCCUCAACCUGGCUCAUCAACAGAGCAGACGAGCAGACCAUUUAUUAGCUGCAGGCAAAUACGAAGAGGCUAUUUCUUGUCACAAAAACGCUGCAGCGUAUCUUUCUGAAGCCAUGAAGCUGACGCAGUCUGAGCCGGCUCAUCUUUCACUGGAAUUGCAAAGGGAUAGCCAUAUGAAAUAGCUCCUCCUCAUCCAAGAGAGAUGGAAAAGGGCCCAGCGUGAAGAAAGAUUGAAAGCCCAGCAGAACACAGACAAGGAUGUAGCUGCCCAUCUUCAGGCAUCUCACAAACCCUCUGCAGAGGAUGCAGAGGGCCAGAGUCCCCUUUCUCAGAAGUACAGCCCUUCCACAGAGAAAUGCCUGCCUGAGAUUCAGGGGAUCUUUGACAGGGAUCCAGACACACUACUUUAUUUACUUCAGCAAAAGAGUGAGCCAGCAGAGCCAUGUAUUGGAAGCAAAGCCCCCAAAGAUGAUAAAACAAUUAUAGAGGAGCAGGCAACCAAAAUUGCCGAUUUGAAGAGGCAUGUGGAAUUCCUUGUGGCUGAGAAUGAAAGAUUAAGGAAAGAAAAUAAACAACUAAAGGCUGAAAAGGCCAGACUUCUAAAAGGUCCAAUAGAAAAGGAGCUGGAUGUAGAUGCUGAUUUUGUAGGAACGUCAGAGUUAUGGAGCUUGCCACCACAUUCAGAAACUGCUACAGCCUCCUCAACCUGGCAGAAGUUUGCAGCAAAUACCGGGAAAGCCAAGGACAUUCCAAUCCCCAAUCUUCCUCCCUUGGAUUUUCCAUCUCCAGAACUUCCUCUUAUGGAGCUCUCUGAGGAUAUUCUGAAAGGAUUUAUGAAUAAUUAAAAUGGAGGCCACAGAAAAGGGGAAAAGAGGAAAUAAUACAGUAAUCGUUAAUC